AUGACCGUGCAGUGCGUUGGUGCAGUUUAUCGAACGUCCAUUGAUUGUCUACACGUCUCCAAUAUCUGCAUCGAUCAUCACUUCCCUGAAGCUAAGACCAAAUGGGUCUUAGUUGAUGGUCGGGGUCAUGGUACAAAGACGCCAGAUUUAUCUGACGAUGCAGAAAAAGAAGAAGUGGAUGCAGACGUCGAAGAAUUAAACCAAUUACAAUAUGAUGCAUUGGAAUAUGUCAGUGGGUAUAUCUGCAAGAAGUUAGAUUUGCCUGAAAUUACGGAUACUUCCACUUACACGUGGAUUGACCAAGUCUCCGAAGGGGGCCUAAAGAAACCUCCAGAAGAAUUGGUGAUACUUUCAAUUAUAGUUAGCGACCAAGAUGAUAACCUCGAAGAAUUGACAAUAUCUCGUGACACUUCUACCCUCAACCAUUCCGUGUCUGUAAAAUCAACGACUAAGCAGAGGAGAUCCCGGACUAACUUCACUUUGGAACAGCUAAAUGAAUUAGAACGGCUGUUUGACGAGACUCAUUACCCGGAUGCCUUCAUGAGAGAAGAGUUAAGUCAAAGACUGGGAUUAAGCGAAGCAAGAGUUCAAGUGUGGUUUCAGAAUAGAAGAGCAAAAUGUAGAAAGCAUGAAAAUCAAAUGCAAAAAGGAGUGAUGUUAAAUAACCAUAGCCCACCUUCCAGUACACCCUUGGAGCCGUGCAGAGUAAUACCGUACAUGAACGUUCCAGCGUUAAGAGGAAUAUCAUUGACUUCUAGUUCUGUAGCACUUACCAACUACGACAGGCUCACCACGACGCCUUUUUCCCAACAAGGAACGGCAUUCUCUGCUAUCAAUUCAGCUUUUAUAUCUGCAGCACACCAGUACGCAGCUGCAGCCGUAGCUGUAGGAAGUGGUUCGGCAGCAGCUGCGGCCGCCAGUAUUCUGUGUCAUCCGCAAUAUCCUCUAGAAUUUGCUGCUUUGGCGGUAGCCCACAAAAACUCCAGCAUCGCAGAUUUAAGGCUAAAAGCGAAGAAACAUACGGAAGCCUUAGGAUUGUCAACGAGAGAUAAGCCUCUAUAAUUACAGUGCAUAUUUUCUGUAA